AUGCAAACGCAAAAACAACAAUCAGCACAGAACGGAAGGGAUGUUGCACUCGACCAAGUUGAUAUAAUUAAUAAAAUAACAAAUAUACUACAUAGAAAUACCGACGGCGUAAUAAAAGAGAUUACUAAUGUUCUACUACUUAGGAAUAAGGAGCUCGAAGAACAGUUAGAAGAAAUGCAACGUCGGAACAAAGAACUCGAAAAUCAAGUCGAAAAUAAUAAAAAGGAAGCACAAAAAAAUAUUGAACGUUUAACACGCGAAGCGUCAAAAUAUCAAUCUGCAUUAGGUAGAGCAACAAAUGUAAGAUUAGGCAAUGACGAUCUCAACAACUCCUGUCAACUUAGAGAAGAUAUCAAGACUUUGAAAAAAAAUCUUGAAAAGUUCACUGUUGUUAAGCCAGCUAAAGAUUUUGACAUUAUUAAAGAUAGAGCAUAUUUGCUUUUGAAGAAAUAUAAAUGUACAAACUUUAUAGAUGAUGGACAUUAUAAGUCAUUACUUCAAGCAGCUAUGCAGAGAUUUAUUCUUGAAACAUCGAUUAAAUAUAUUGCCGGAUUUUUUUCAAGCACCGAACAUUCAACACUUGAAACGCAGAUUGAUCAAAACACGAAGAUUCUGUUAAAUGUGAUAGAUGAUUUUGCUAAAUUUCGUAAAGGCAAUGAUGAUAUUACUCCAACCUUAUCAAUAAAACUUAGACAACAAAUUUAUAGUGUUUUAGGCAAUCGUGGGUUUAAUCCAAUUGCAUCACCCGAAGGAACCACUGAACAUCCAUUUAUUAGUCAUCUCCAACAAAAAUUAGUUCUCGCAGCGAACCAGUUUCGAAUUGUAAAAGAUCUCACCAAAAACAAGAGUUUCAAUGACAUUGCUAUAAAGCUUGCUCGUGAUGUCAUUAAAAUAUUCUUUUUCAGAUUGAAAGUCCAAGAACAAAUAGCUGAUCCACCGGUCUGGUUUGAAUGUAAUACUCGAGUAAAUCCCGAUCUUAUGGAAGGUGCAUUUGAUUCUGAUCAUUAUCAAGAUGAUGUUGUGCAAAUUUGUGCGUUUCCGCUUAUAGGCAUUGACUUAAACAAUGAUGAAAAACGGAAGAUACUUAGUCAAGCAAAUGUUUAUAUAACACGACGUAUGAACAAUUAA